AACGUUACUAUGGAUAUUAAAUUCCAGCAGUUUGUCAAUACACUAGAAGCAUCUAGCACAUAUUUUUCUAUUUUUGUAGGUGUUGUUUAAAAACUUUCGAAAAAAAUGGCCAAAGGCAAGAAAAAAGGUAAAAAGGGGGGAAAAGGAAAAGUUGAAAAACCUGAAGGAGCAUUAACGGAAGUCGACAAAACCUUUUAUGAACUCACUAUAACAGACCUCAAUAGAAAACUAGCACGUCUCAGAUCUACUAACACAGAAUUAGAAGAAAAAAACGAAACCCUAAAUGAAAAAUUAACAAAACUAGACGACGACAGGAACGAUGUGAUAGUUUACCUAAAAAGAAUCCUUCAAGAACGUACUGAAGAGAUAAAUGAACUUCAAACCGGUAUAACAGAAUUACAAGAAUCUCUCAAUCAAGACAAGGAAGAAUGCACAACCAAAACGGAACAGAUGGAAAACGACUACAAGCAAAUGCACGAACAAUUAACUUCGGAAAUAAAGCUCUUGGAAGGUAAGCUAAACGCACUGGAAGAAUUCCGCAUACAAAGGGAAGAUCUAAUGAAGAAAUUCGAGGCUCAAGAAGAACAAAUGGAAGAACAAGAACAGAAACACAAAAGAGCUAUUUAUGAGAUUGAAAGAAAAUUCAUAAUUGCCAAGGACAAGUUGAAGAAAGAGAUGGAGGCAAGAUUACUGCAACUUUCAACAGAAUUUCAAGAUGCAACAGAAAUUCGAAUUGCUGCAACUACUCAUAGGGUUAUUAGAGAAAAUAUUGCUAUCAAUAAUGAAUUAGAUGAGAUGUUAAAUAUCCACAAGCGUCUAUACACUGAAAACCAAGAUAUGAAACAGAGGGAUAAAACAUUAAGGCAGCAAGCUCAAUUGCACUGUAUUGAAAAGAACAAAGCCUUGAGCAAGGCUAGGGUGCAAUCGAAAGUUAUAGAUCAACUCACAGAUGAAUAUGAAUCAAUGAAAAGUAAGCUGGACAAUUUCAAGAAUAUUGAAUCUGAUAUGCACACAGCUCGAGAAGAUCUUUAUAAGGCACAUUUAAAGAUCCAAAGCUUAGACAACAGAAUUCGUAUUUUGGAGCAAAACUUGCAUGCUGCCAAAUGCACUAUAACUUCCCUAGAAACAAAUUCAUCUUAUUAUAAGGCUGAAGCAAUUCGUUUGGAGGAAGUUCUUCUGGAAGCUGUUGGCACUAUCAGAGAAUCUACAAAGAUGCAGAAAACACAGAAAAUUACGGAUAAAGCAGCGUUAGCCGCCAAAAAAGAAAACUUACUAAACCAACUCUUCAAGCUAAUGAUAACUGCCAAAGACACAAAGAUAAAGAAACCCUCACUUUCUUCAGUGAGUUCUGUUGACAGUAUCUACAAAAAGGGAGACUUAGGUUUCGUUCCACCUGAAACGAAAACUUUAAGACCAAUACUUCAAGCAGUACGGACCCUACAAUCACAAACAGGCUCCAGCCUUGGUGGUGAUUCUGGAGAUGAAGCUACAAAGUCCCAAAUUGUAGGCCAGAUGGGACAAGAAGAUGGUAAAUUGCUUCAAGAAGAAUCUAAAGAUGAAGAGAAUUCACAAAAAAGCGUAGUCUUCUUUGAUGAUCGUGAAAGUAUAGAAGAAGAAGAACCCUUACCAGUGCCAGAAGAGGUCGGUUCUGAAGGGGAAGCAGAAGAUAUUAAUUUGUUAUCUGCUACACAGAUGUUAAGUAGUGUUGGAAGAUUACCAACAACUUCAAGCAGCAAAACAGGAUCUAAGCCUGCUCUUGCAUAAAUGAAAGCUGGAUGUUGUUUUUAUAUAAUUUUUAAUAAUCUGUCCUAUAUUUACUGAAGAUAUACAGAUUUUUGUUCUACCA